CGAUUGAGGGCGCUAGACAUCAAUCACGAAAUUUCUAUUGUUCUUUUUUAACAAGAAAGCGUCUGGACGGACGGAAGCUAAGUCCUGUUUUCAGUGGCAGAAUAGGAGCAGAUCUCCAGCUACCAUCUGUAGAAGCAGCGGAAUAACAUGACGUCCCAUUACAGAGACAAGGGUCCCCUUGAUUGCAAGGUCUACGUCGGUGACCUGGGGAGCUCAGCUGCAAAGCACGAAAUUGAAGAGGCCUUUGGGAAGUAUGGCCAUAUCACCAAUGUCUGGAUCGCCAGGAACCCGCCUGGUUUCGCCUUCGUGGAGUUCCUAGACGACAGGGACGCAAAUGACGCUGCAAAGUGCAUGGAUGGGAAGUAUCUCUGUGGAAAGCGCGUCCGCGUUGAGAUGUCCAGCGGCAGAUCCAGGCGUCCCAGAGUUCGUGAGCGUGACUUCCACCGGUCCAACUGGGGCGGUGGCGGCGGUGGAGGGGGAUACCCGUCCGGCCGGUACGGUGGAUACAGCGGAGGCGGCUGGAACAGAUCAAGAUACAGCCGUAGCAGGAGUCGAAGCAGAUCUCCUAGGCGCUACCGAUCUCGCAGCAGAUCACCACGCCGUCGAUCGCCAAGUAGAUCACCACGUCGUCGAUCGCCGAGUAGAUCACCACGCCGUCGAUCGCCAAGCAAAUCUCCACGACGUCGAUCACCCGUCUUUAAAAGGAGCAGAUCCCAUUCUCGUGACCGAUCGCGCGGAAAAUCCCGGGAGCGUUCCCGAUCUCACGAACGAUCCAAGGGGCGGUCCCGAUCCCACGACCGCUCCAGAGGGCGGUCCAGAUCCCGCGACCGCUCCAGGGGCCGCUACCGAUCACGGUCCAAGAGCCCCCGCUACGAGAAGUCCCGAUCCCGUUCGCGUUCCCGCACUCCCGAAGAUAACAAGGAUCAUCAUUCCUACGAGGAUAACUCUCCCAGUCACCAGCAAGAAAACGACGGUGGGGACUAGAUGACAAAGUUUGGUGUAAACUAGUCACCUGCUGGACUACAUGUAUUAUUAGCUUUGCACAGGCCCUGGUAACACAAAACUUUAAUUGAUCGUGGAGCUGAUUUUACGAUUGAUCAUACACAAUAAUCAAUGCAAUCAAUCAUAGAAAUCAGCCAGAUGUUCAAUUGCUAAGCUUUGUGUUACGGGGCCCAGGAAUCAUCCGGUUCCAGUAGGGAAUGCGAUACAUAUCCCAAAGAGGGUUUAUGCCUUUUUAGGAGUUUUAAAAUCAUUCAAUAACAGUAUAAGGACUUCAAAGCUGUUAUCAAUUUGGGAUUUUAUGUGUUCAUGAGUGGAUGAAAAAUUUUAAGAAUUAAGGUGCAUUAGUUCUUUGGUGAGGUAUAUUGCAUGUAAGUGAUUUUAAUCAUCAUUCACAAGGCAUGCUAAAUUGGCACUCUCUUAUCCACUCGCCAUGCAUAUAACAUGAGCUACCUACAUACCUGCAUAUUUUAGAAUUAUUUUCCCCCUAUUGCCUCGCCUUUUAUUUGGGGGGAGGGGCCUUUUCUUAAUGACCUCUUUGAAUUUCUUUCAAUUAGGAAAUAUAAAUGGUAUGCAUGUUUGUAUUCGAAACAUAUUUUUGUAUAACAACUUCAUAACCCGUUCUCUUGCUGAUAUUGACUCUAUUACAAAGAGCCUACCCUUAUGCACAUUUAACACAUACUGGUCUGUUCCCUUGUAUAGACAUAUCAUUGGACAGGAGGGCUUAAUAGCAUUGUUACUCUUGUUAAUAAUAAUAAUACAUGAGAUUUAUUAAGCGCACCUUCCAUCUUGGUUAGAUGCUCAAGGCGCUUCAGAGCAGAACAACAAAAACUAUUUACAUGUAAUACAUGUCUGAACAAUAAGUCAAUGUUCUAUUAAUAUGUAUUUUUCAGUUCUUUUAAAAACAAAAACUUGGUUAUAGUAUUUUACUUGUAAACUGGUAAAUAGUUUUCAUGAUCACUUCUUUUAGAAUUUUGAAACGAGAAUCACAACUUCAUGUCAAAUCAUGUACGGAUUAAAUAUUUUCCUGCAUGGAAUAGCUCAGAUGUUGUUCUACCUUAAAUUUAGCAUUGGCAAGUCAAGUCACUCUGGUUGAAUAAGCUGAUAUUGACAAAAUGCCCCUCUUUUUAAUGAGAAUAAUUUAGUCCAGUCCAUAUUUUAUUGUUUGAAAUAGACAUGAAAUGAAAAGUUGCUUUGCCCAAUUGAUCUUGGGGCCCGGCAGAAGCUUUGCACCGCCAGAUUGAUGAUGAGGCUCUAUCCCAUGAAAUGUUGGAACGCCAAACAGGGUAGCAGCAACUUCCAUCUUUGACAUCGUUUGGUCUGACAUGAAUUUGGCAAACAUUCCUGGUGCUUGCAUGUACCAAAGAUUUUUUUUUCUAACAAGAUUCAAGAGCUAUCUGAAACAAAGAAACAUCCAAACUCUGACCAAGAUUUACUCAAAUGUAAUGUAAAGAUGCCCUGAAUCACUUUUGUACAUCCUUUUCACUUUAUAUGUCCUCCUGCAAUUAUGUUCAUUAUUUUGGGAGCAUUUGGGGGGGGGAUGAGUAGCCAAAUUGAAGACUUAUUCGUAAGCACCAAUUAAAAGGACCAUUUCAUUUCUCCUUUAUAAAAUGAAAGAAAGAAUAGGUUUAGUGUACAUAUCACACAUUUCUAUUGCCAAAUAUUGCUUAUCUGUCAUUCAUGUUUUAAUCUAUAUUUGCAUACAUUCAUUCACCUGUCAAACUUUCCAUUUUACUUGCAUGCUUGGUGUAGAAAUUAAAUUUUGCAUCAUUAGAAGAGAGGGAGAGAAAGGACAUUAAUAUUUGUACUCACCAUUGUUUAUCAUGAGUGAAAAACUUAUUUGCUGCAACAAACAAGUAUUUUUGUUACAUGUACAUGUAGUAAAUUGAUUUGGAUAAUUCACUCUUACAUAGAACAAGUUAGUGUGAAUAUUUUGUUAUGUAGGCCACAAGAACAAAUCUGUUAGCCUCUUUUAUGAAAAGGGAGAAAAAAAUAUGAAUUUGUUUUUCAUCAAUUAAAUUUAAUGGCAUUUUCAUGAGGUGUUUGUUAAAUACCAAGAUUUUAGUGCUUUUCCCUUGAAGACAUCUUUCGGUUUCUUUUUCUGUUGUUUUUACUAUUAUUAUUACAACUACACUGGCAAGAGACAUUUCACCCCCUAAGUUUAGGGGUUCAAUACUAAAUUCUAUUGUGUUUGAAACUUUAUUGUAGGUGUUUCUUAAAGGUCUGUUAUCUGCUCAAAUUAGUAUUACAGCACACUUGCUUAUAACUGUAUGCAUAUUUUCAAUUUGCCGCUGAUGGAUACACACGUUCAUAUAUAAACCAUUUGUUAUGAAUUUGUUACAUCAUUUAAAUAUAUAUUACAUGAAUAUGU